AUGUCCUCCAUCAAGGCUAAGAGAACCCGAUCAUAUGGACCUCCUCGCGAAGAAUGCAUGAAUACCACGAAAAAUUGCUGGCAUGCAUCACAUCAAUAUGACGAUCUACCUCAGAAGCGUGAUGAGAUCUCUGAGAAGACUUGA